GCGAGGGGGGCGGCAGGCGGCGAGCACCGCACUCGCAGCAGGGACGCGGUUUGAAAUCCGAUCCUAGUUAAUUUUUUUCUCUCUCUCCAGAGCCCGGUGCUCAAACUGUUAGUGGGAGUCUGUGAGCCAAGCUUUCACACAGCACCAAACGCCCCACACUUCACAACCGACCCAGCGGCGCAACGGAGCAGUUGUGCCCGGACAGCGCAGCGGAGAAGAGCGGAGCUUCUUCCGUUAGGACCCCGAUACUCUCUUACGACCAAAUACUACACUGCCUCUCCUUUAGAUGAUACAUUCUAGUGUGGUUUUGAUACACUUUUGAAGGGUUUAAGGACUGGACAGAGUCGGACAGCUCAAAGCUGUGUGGUGAAUACAGCUUCUUCUCAAACACUCCAGUGACUGACUUCACGUCUGUUUAGAUUUCCUUUACGCCUGGAUUUGAAAACUUCAGUGUAUUUGGAUGAUUUGCCCCCUGAAUGUGAUUCACGAAACAUCUGGAGGGACCUCGCAGACCAAUCUUUCUAGAAAAGCCGAUCAACAAAAUUUAUUGUGAUCACGAAAAGGAUUACUGUCAAGAAGGAAUUUGGUUGGGGACAGGCAGCGUUUCUGACAGGAGUGUGUUUGUGUGUGUGGCAGCGCCACAUUGACAGCAUGUGUGGAAAGGUGAAGGAUGUCUGAGUCUGGUCUCCGUGGUGAGGACACUCGUCCCCGCGUCACUCUGCCCGGGAUGGUCCUCCUCCUGUACCUCGUGUCCCUCAUCUUCCACUCGGUGUACAGCGCCCACCUGCUGUCCCCAGAGCCCACAGACUGGGUGUCGAGUGAGGUGGAAGUGUAUCUGGAUGACUACGUGGCAGGAGUCGGGGACACCGUGGAUCUGUCCUGCACACCGCAUGACUUACUGCUCCCCAUCGUGUGGCAGAAAGACGGCAACGCCGUGUCUCCUAGCAACCGUACGCGGGUGGGGCAAAAAGUGCUUCACAUCAUCAAUGUCUCCUAUGAAGACUCAGGGGUGUACUCCUGUAAACACGCCCACAGUAGCAUGCUGCUAAGCAACUACACCGUCAGAGUCACCGAUUCGCUGUCCUCUGGUGAUGAUGAGGACUAUGAUGAAGAUGAGGACGAUGCAGGUAAUGGAAAUGAAGCUCCAUUCUGGACCCGUCCCGACCGGAUGGAGAAGAAACUGUUGGCCGUUCCUGCCGCCAAUACGGUGAAGUUCCGCUGUCCGGCUGCUGGCAACCCCACGCCCACCAUCCAUUGGCUGAAAAAUGGCAAGGAAUUCAAAGGAGAGCAGAGAAUGGGCGGGAUUAAAUUGAGGCAUCAGCAGUGGAGUUUGGUCAUGGAGAGCGCCGUUCCAUCUGACCGAGGUAACUACACGUGUGUGGUGCAGAACAAAUACGGGACAAUCAGACACACUUACCAACUCGACGUGCUGGAACGCUCUCCUCACCGGCCCAUCCUACAGGCGGGACUCCCGGCCAAUCAGACGGUGGUGGUUGGCAGCGACGUUGAGUUUCACUGCAAGGUGUACAGUGAUGCUCAGCCACACAUCCAGUGGCUCAAACACAUCGAGGUGAAUGGAAGCCAGUAUGGGCCCAAUGGCACCCCCUACGUCAACAUCCUUAAGACUGCGGGAAUAAAUACUACGGAUAAAGAGCUGGAGAUUCUCUACCUGGCCAAUGUGUCUUUUGAGGAUGCGGGGCAAUACACUUGUCUGGCAGGGAACUCGAUUGGCUAUAACCAUCACUCUGCUUGGCUUACAGUUUUACCAGCGGUGGAGAUGGAGAGAGAGGAUGACUACGCAGACAUUCUCAUCUACGUGACGGGCUGCGUGCUCUUCAUCCUCACCAUGGUCAUCAUUAUCCUCUGCCGUAUGCGGAUGAACACGCAGAAGACUCUCCCCGCGCCACCCGUUCAAAAACUGUCCAAAUUCCCCCUCAAGAGACAGGUGUCCUUGGAAUCGAACUCUUCCAUGAAUUCAAACACUCCAUUGGUCCGGAUCGCCCGCCUGUCAUCCAGCGAUGGGCCGAUGCUGCCCAACGUUUCUGAGCUUGAACUGCCCUCUGACCCUAAGUGGGAAUUUCCACGUACAAAACUGACGCUGGGAAAACCAUUGGGAGAGGGCUGCUUUGGGCAGGUGGUGAUGGCUGAAGCCAUUGGGAUUGACAAAGAGAAACCCAACAAACCUCUCACUGUUGCUGUCAAGAUGCUCAAAGAUGAUGGCACAGAUAAGGACCUGUCAGACCUUGUGUCUGAAAUGGAGAUGAUGAAGAUGAUCGGAAAACACAAGAACAUCAUCAACUUGCUGGGAGCGUGCACACAAGAUGGUCCUCUGUAUGUGCUGGUGGAAUAUGCCUCUAAAGGGAAUCUUAGGGAAUACUUGCGGGCAAGAAGGCCUCCUGGGAUGGACUACUCAUUUGACACCUGUAAGAUCCCGAACGAAACUCUGACAUUUAAAGACCUGGUGUCCUGCGCCUAUCAGGUCGCCAGGGGUAUGGAGUACCUGGCCUCAAAGAAGUGUAUCCAUAGGGACCUCGCGGCCCGGAAUGUUCUAGUUACCGAGGACAACGUGAUGAAGAUUGCAGACUUCGGCCUGGCUAGAGACGUGCACAACAUUGACUACUACAAGAAGACCACCAACGGUCGUCUCCCCGUCAAAUGGAUGGCACCAGAAGCACUGUUCGACCGUGUCUACACGCACCAGAGUGAUGUGUGGUCUUACGGGGUGUUAUUGUGGGAGAUUUUCACACUGGGCGGCUCACCGUACCCAGGUAUCCCAGUGGAGGAGCUCUUUAAACUGCUGAAGGAGGGCCAUCGAAUGGACAAACCUGCCAACUGCACUCAUGAACUGUACAUGAUUAUGCGGGAGUGUUGGCAUGCCGUUCCUUCACAAAGACCCACGUUCAGACAGCUGGUGGAGGAUCACGACAGGGUUCUUUCCAUGACCUCCACUGACGAGUAUCUGGACCUGUCGGUACCGUUCGAGCAGUACUCGCCUACCUGUCCGGACUCCAACAGCACCUGUUCCUCCGGCGACGACUCCGUGUUUGCUCACGACUCCUUGCCUGACGAGCCCUGCCUCCAAACAUCACCACCACAGCAAUGGGGUCAUAAGAACAUAAGGACACUCGAUGGUUUGUGAGGACCUUUCGGUUUGCUGCACUGGACCGGCAUGUAGCGGCAGUGCAGACGGGGCUCCUGGCUCAGUGUGGAUCUCAUGAAACGCUCAACGAGAAGCUUCAGACUUCCAACUGUUCACGGGUCUGAAGGAUAGAUUACGCCCUUGUCCUUCAGCUCCUCCUUUUCUUCCAAAUCAUUAUUCAGCUUUUUGUCUUCGAAAAGAGAAUUCCUAUUUUUGUAUUCGGCCAGUUUCGUUUUUCCUUUGCGCAACGCAGUCAGAAGGGACAAACCAUUCCGUGCCUACCAAAAAAACAAACAGACAGACAAAUUGCUGGACAGGAUACAAAAAGAACGGAUCAACACUGUGUAACAGCACAGUUCUGAAGCGUUCUGUCACGCGUGGACAGGAAGUGUUUUUACAGCAAUAUCUGACUGGAGUGAGAAUCAAACCCAUGGCCAGUCUCUCCUCUCCACUCCUCACAAAGAACUUUUUUCAUCCUUUUUUUAAUAAGAAAAGAGAGAAAGGUCUCCUAGAUGUGAGAUUUAAUUAGAAGAUAUAUAACUGUGUGCUUUGUAUGUAUCUUAAAGUUUUUAUUGUAAAUAUAUAGAUAUAAAUAUGUAUCAUAUUGCAGUCAGUAGCAGUGUACUUUAAAAAAAAAAAAAAAGAAAAGAAAUAAUGACAUUUUAAGAGCAAGUGAGCAUACACUGUUGAGAUCAUGUAAACAUUUAAUCUCAAAAAAGCAAAACAAAAGUUUUAUUUGAAUUAACAUGUAUAUUUGUAAAGCUAUUUAUAGACAUAAGGUUUUUAAGGGGGUCUAAAAUUAUAGUCGGGUUUUGGUACUGUAAACAAAGGGUUUUUCUUCUUUUAAAUUUUGUAAGUUAUUUACCACAGAUUUUAUUUUUGCUUUUUUUUUUCUUAUUCCAUUUCUUAGUUUACAUUGACAAGAAUGUAUGAGAAACUAAUUGGCGAUAUCAGCAGAGUAAAAUUAUGAAAUUAUGAAUUCUAAAACAUGAAAUAAGUUGCUUUGCCCGUAUCUCAGUAUUGAAUUUCAUGAUAAAAGGACCACAAGUGCUUCUGCUCUUCAUGAGAAAACUGCACUGAUUUUUAACUCCUGUCAGACUCACACUUAAAGCACUUUUCAUCGUUUUUGUAUAUUAAAAAUCUUCAUAUUUGGGCUUCCAUGCAUGAGACAUAAGCAGAUCUGUUCACCAAAACAGUGUUGGUUUCCCCUGAAGAUGGGCGCUGUGAUCCUUUCAUCCAUCUCUAUGAUAUGAAGGAGUGCUAUGUGGGUAAAACCCAACAUGGCAUAUAGAUAUAGAUAUGGUGAAACCAUAUUAUGAGUUUGUUGCUCUUAUUUGCUCUUUUGCUAAUGAAUAUGUAUAAUAAGAUUUCGAGGUAAUCCUCCGGGUCGGUAUGUUUGCAAAGUGCCAAAAUCUUUCUCUCUGCUCUGAGUUUUAUGUUAAUGAGUACAGAACCGUUAUUGCUAUUCAACUCUAGCAUGCAUGGUUGUCAGAUGAGUGUCUCUGGCCCUGCGAAUCGAAGCGAAGCAUUAUGGGAUAGCUUGGUCGUGUCUCAGGGCGUCCUCAGACAAAUGCAUUCAAGCAGAACGCCGGCAAUAAUAUAUAAUGGGGAGAAAAAGAGGAUGAUUCGCUUGCUGCUAAACUACGAAAACUGUAGAUUUGAUACGAGAUGACUGUACAGGUGCCGAGCAAAGCAGUCGCUCCCUCCUCCUGCAAAACAUUGAAUUUUUGUACUUGUUAAGUGCCUGGGAGGGAGCCGAGUGGCUGAAUAUUGUGACAUACGGUUUGAAUGUACAGCCACAUCGAUAAAAGAUAUAAGCAGGGUGUUUCUUAAAACGAUAAAGUCAAUAUUUGUACGGCACUUUGUUACCUUAAUUCUCAGAUUGGGUUCUCAAAGAUAUGGAUGGCGUUGUUCUGUAAUUUCUUCUUCCAGCUGAGGGACAUCGUGUUCUGUUGGAUACAGUGUUUUGUCCGUUAUGUGUUGAGUUCUUCGUUUACUGUUUGGUGUGGGAUGGCAGGGCAAGCGAUCGCUCUCAGCUUCCUUUUUUUGUGCAACCUGGAACCUCCGGCUCACCUCCACAUCCUCCGCUCUACUACUGACAGCCCUCUUGCAUUGUUUCAAACAUAUCAAACAAUGUUGCUGGUCCUUUUCCCUCCUCGUCACAAAUCGACAUUAUUUAUUUCCUUGUAUUUAUGUUUUAUUUUGUUUUUCUUUAUCCGUUUCCUUUCAUGACAUUGUCUUAUUCAAAAGGCCAGCAUUCCUUCAUGCUUUUGUGUUUUAGGGAUGGAGGUAGAGCCGAGAUGCAUUUAGGGGUUGAAGAAAGUUUUCAAUGUUUACAAUGAACAUCCAGACAGUGUCAAAGGACAAUGUGUUUCCCCAGCACUUUUAAAGUGGCUGGAUGAUGAGCAAUACUGGUCUGAUGUCAACACUCUUUCAUUUUACGCAUUUGUUCUUUUUCCUCUUAAGCUCUAUUUGAUAGUGCCAUUCAGCUCUUAUUAGAAUUAAGAUAUUAAAUUAAGUUAUAGAUUUAAAUUUGCAGAUGGUUGUUAUAUGUCGAGUAGAUUUUAUAUAGGUGUGUUUUUGUUUUGUUUUGUUUUAAUAGGGAUGAAAGCUUCUUUACAGUAUUUUCUUACAGAAGAAUUGCAUUGCAUUCCAGGUAGAUUUCUUUCUUUAUGCGGUGAGGUAACAUGUUUGCAGAAUUAAAGUCAUUCAGCAUCUGCAUCCCUCUCUGUUUAACAAAAGAAUGGAAUAGUUGACUAACAGUGUUUUGUUAUUUUUCCAUAUCUCUGUAUAUGUGGAACAUUCCGUUCUGUUUCAGUUGUGCCCCUUACGAGCUGUUAAACCUCUUUACACUCUAUCAGUCUGUGCCUGACGGAAUUAUGCUGUCAAUCAAAACCUUUUCAAUAAACACAACAAAAUGAG